GGGACUCCAAAUUCAAAACUCGACACUUCCUUGUAGCUUUUCUCUCUUUUAUUGGAACCCUCCACCUCAAUUCUCUCUCUAAACGCUCCUCUCUCUCCCUCAAUUCUCUCUCUAAACGCUCAUCUCUCUCACUCUCUGAACUGUGAUUCUACGUCGAUUCGUGAGGUUUGAUUUGGUUCAAUCCGAGUGGAAGACGACGAUUCGAUCUGCCUUGAGAAACACUGUACAAGUGUGACAGCUAGUAAUUUUGCAAUUAUUGUUCAUCUUGUGGCUAUUUCAGUUCUCUAGCCUCUCUUUAGAGAGGCUGUGACUGUAUCCUGUCACAUUCUUCUUCUAAGUUCAACUGUCAAGGGGGAAACUUUUAGAUCCUUGUAUAGGAAAUAUGACAGUUAAAAAUCCCAGUACACCAGCUUCAAAAGUAGACAGGACUCCAGUAUCCACUCCAGGUGGUCAGAAAGUUAAGGAAGAGAAGAUUGUUGUAACAGUACGGUUAAGGCCUUUAAACAAACGGGAGCAGUUGGCCAAAGACCAAGUAGCAUGGGAAUGCACAGAUGACCAUACAAUUGUGUAUAAAACACCAGCUCAGGAGCGUGUUACUCAACCAGUCUCAUUUAUAUUUGAUAGAGUCUUUGGUCCUGCUUGUCUAACUGAAACAGUAUAUGAGGACGGGGUGAAGAAUGUUGCUUUGUCUGCUUUAAUGGGUAUCAAUGCAACCAUAUUUGCAUAUGGUCAAACUAGCAGCGGGAAGACCUACACAAUGAGAGGAAUCACAGAGAAAGCUGUUAAUGAUAUCUAUCAGCAUAUAAUGAAUAGUCCAGAGAGAGAUUUUCGAAUAAAAAUUUCUGGGCUGGAAAUUUAUAAUGAGAAUGUCAGGGACCUUUUAAAUUCAGAAUCUGGGCGUAAUCUCAAGCUUUUAGAUGAUCCAGAGAAAGGAACUGUGGUUGAGAAGUUGGUAGAAGAAACUGCAAAUGAUGAUCAGCAUUUAAGGCAUUUGAUCAGUAUUUGUGAAGCCCAGAGGCAAGUGGGUGAAACUGCAUUAAAUGACACCAGUUCCCGCUCACACCAGAUAAUAAAGCUGACAAUAGAAAGUACUCUGCGGGAAACUUCUGAUCGCAUAAGAUCUUAUGUGGCAAGCCUGAAUUUUGUUGAUCUAGCUGGCAGUGAAAGAGCCUCACAGACGAAUGCAGAUGGUGCUAGACUUAGGGAAGGCUGCCAUAUUAAUCUUAGCUUGAUGACUCUGACAACUGUAAUAAGGAAGCUCAGUGUUGGGAAAAGAAGUGGUCACAUACCUUAUAGAGACUCAAAGCUCACACGCAUAUUGCAGCACUCUCUCGGUGGAAAUGCCCGCACUGCCAUCAUUUGCACUUUGAGCCCAGCACUCAGUCAUGUCGAACAAUCCCGGAAUACUCUUUAUUUUGCUACCAGAGCAAAGGAAGUGACAAAUAAUGCACAAGUUAAUAUGGUUGUUUCGGAUAAGCAGCUUGUAAAACAUUUACAGAAGGAAGUGGCUAGACUCGAAGCGGAGCUUCGGACCCCUGAGCCAUCAAAUGAAAAAGAUCUGAAAAUUCAGCAGAUGGAGAUGGAAAUCGAAGAACUGAGACGUCAAAGAGAUCUUGCUCAAUCUCAAGUAGAUGAAUUACGUCGUAAACUUGAGGGGGAACAGCAGGGAUUAAAGGCGAUUGAAUUACAGAGUCCAGUAGCAAAGAAGUGCCUAUCUUUUUCGGGUACAUUAUCUGCAAAACUUGAUGGAAAGGAGCAAGACCGAGGAGAUAAAAUAAGAAAUACAAUAGGAAGACAUGCUAUGAGGCACUCGUCGACUGCUCCUUUCACACUGAUGCACGAAAUUCGGAAACUUGAACACCUUCAGGAGCAGCUUGGAGAGGAAGCAAAUCAUGCUCUAGAAGUACUCCAAAAGGAAGUGGCUUGUCAUAGACUAGGUAACCAAGAUGCUGCAGAGACAAUUGCUAAGCUGCAAGCAGAAAUAAGGGAAAUGCGUGCUGUUAGACCACUUACAAAAGAAGUUGAAGUUGGAAACAUGGUUGCUGUUAACAAGAGUGUGAGUGCAAACCUUAAGGAUGAAAUAACUAGACUCCACACCCAAGGAAGUACCAUUGCAGAUCUGGAAGAGCAACUUGAAAAUGUUCAGAAGUCUAUAGACAAAUUGGUUAUGUCACUUCCUAACAAUAAUGCUCAAGAGUCCAGCAGUGAGGCUUCCCUGAAAGCCAAGAAUCAGUUAAAAAGAAAGAAGCUACUUCCUUUAGGUCCAAGCAAUAGUGCUAACCGGCACAACUUUUUACUAUCUCCAUGCUCACCUCUAUCGACUUCUCGUCAAGUAUUGGAGUCAGAGACUGAAAAUAAAGAUCCAGAAAACAAUGAUAUAGUUUCUAGUGAAACCCCAGCAAUGUCUGAGAGAGAUACUCCAACAAAGAGUGAAGAAGGUGGAGAGGGUGCAUUGAAGGAAGGUACGCCAUAUCGACGUUCUAGUUCAGUUAACAUGAGAAAAAUGCAGAAGAUGUUCCAGACUGCAGCUGAAGAGAAUGUGAGAAGCAUAAGAGCAUAUGUAACAGAGCUUAAAGAACGUGUAGCCAAGCUACAAUACCAAAAACAGCUACUAGUUUGCCAGGUGCUUGAGCUUGAAGCAAAUGAAGCAGCUGGACACAAUAUAGAAAACGAUGAUAAUAUAGCUGACACACAAAUGGAGUCCCCUGCUACAUGGCAUGUAAUUUUCAGGGAGCAAAGGCAGCAGAUUAUUGAGUUAUGGGAUGUGUGUCAUGUUUCCAUCAUUCACAGGACACAGUUUUAUCUGUUAUUCAAAGGGGAUCCAGCUGACCAGAUAUACAUGGAAGUUGAACUGAGGCGCUUGACGUGGUUGCAGAAUCACUUUGCAGAACUUGGGAGCGCAAGCCCAGCUGUUGUUGGAGAUGAGCCAACAAUCUCAUUGUCAUCAAGUAUUAGAGCACUGAAAAGAGAAAGGGAGUUCCUUGCAAAGAGAUUAACAACGCGUUUGACAGCUGAGGAGAGAGAUGCAUUAUACAUUAAAUGGAAAAUCUCGAUCGAAGGGAAACAGAGGAGGAUCCAAUUCAUCAACAAACUUUGGACAAAUCCACAUGAUGCCAAGCAUGUAGAGGAGAGUGCUGAAAUAGUGGCCAAGCUUGUAGGUUUUUGUGAAGGUGGAAAUUUGUCAAAGGAAAUGUUUGAGCUGAACUUUGCAAUCCCAUCCGACAAGAGGCCAUGGAUUAUGGGCUGGAACCAUAUUUCAAACCUUCUUCAUUUGUGAGAAACUGAAAUUUUAGCUUGUGUGCCAUACUCUCUCUCUCUCUCUCUCACUCUUUCUUAAAUGUAAAUGUGUUGAAUUUUUGAGUGUCACUUCCCUGUAGGUGUGGCUGCCUUGCUGCACCAUGCAUGAUUAGAUUUGGGUUAAUUAAUUGGAGUCUGUAAUUCUCAUUCUACAUGAUGAGAUUUUGGGUAUUUGCACAUUAUUUUUCUCAAUUUCUCAAAUAAAAGAAAUCUGAUUCAUUUAUUA